AUGAAAAUAUUGAAAGCCAAGCGAAGAGAAAAAAAUAAGCGUCAUCCACCUAUAAAAAGAAAAGUACCAGUCGAGUACCCUUGCCCGUCUUUAUCUCCUACAACAACAAGAAGCCAAAGCGCAAGCCACGCAUCAGAAUCGGCUAAUACACGGUACCGUAUAGUUGACUGGGGAUAUUUAUCAGAACAACUGGAUAAAUGUGCCAAAUGUGGUGUGGGUCCCCUGAACUUGAAAAACACGACAAACGAGAGGAGAGCUGGCUUGGGGUACUUGAUAAGGAUAAGAUGUGAUUACUGUCAGGAAACAAAUGUCGUUCGGACCGAAGAAGUUCACACUAAGAUUAACCAACGAGGGCCAAAACGCUUCAAACUGAACGAGCGCUGUGUUCUUGGUACCCUUCAUUCUGGGAAUGGGAAUACGCAGCUGGAACAUCUUCUUUCUCCAAUGGAUGUGAAAUCCAUGACUUCAAAAACCUACAAGAGUAUCGAGAGAAGCGUGGGACCGCAAACUGAAAAGGUAGCAAGAACGAGUUGCUCUAACUGGCUUGAUCAGGAAGUAAAGAGCACUGACGGGAACAACGACCUCGCAAUCUCCUACGAUAUGGGGUGGCAGAAAAGGGGUAAUGCUAGGAACUCAAGGAGAGGACAAUGCACUGCUGCUGGACGAGCUACGGGUAAAAUUGUUGACUUUGAAACGAGGAACACCGCCUGCUGA